AUGGUGCAUUCUUAAAGCGAAUAGAUAGAUUAUAAAAAGAAAGACUAUAUUCGAAUAUUUUGGGACUGUUGCAAAGUAUAAUCUUAUGUCAAAACAAACAAAUUUAUCUUGAUCAAAAUGAAGAAUUGCCAAAAGGAUACUUGGGCGUCUUAAAGAAUGGAAUGA